CUGUGUCAUGUGCCGGUGUCCCCAUGAGGGGACAGCACCCCAAAAUCUGCCAGCCCCAGCACCCAUGGGGGGACACAGCAGGGUCCCACCCCCACCCUGGCCCCUGGAGCUCUGCAAAUGCCCUUUUCCUGCCCAAAAAGAGCCAAACCUGGCAGAAAUUGAAGGGGUUGAAGUGGGGGACGCACAAGGGGGGGACAGAGGGACUGGGGGAGCCCGCUGGUGUCCCCCCAUUGUAUGGGCAACAAACGGUGCCCCUCCCUCGCCAGUAUUUACUGUCAACAGCCCAAACUGGUCCCAACUGGGCCAAACUCGGCCCGGCCCCGCUCACGUCACCCCCGCGGUGCCGAUAAAACGGGGGUGGGGCCGCCCACCUGUCCCUGUCCGCUGUCACCCUCUGCUCGCGGGGUGUCCCCCCUGCCCCCCCCACCAUGCUCUUCUGGCACGGCCAGCCCGACCACUACUGGUCCAGCCCCGGGGACAUGUUCCCCCUGCCCAGCUCCGGGGUGCUCAGGGACCCCCCAGUCCUGCCCUACCUGAAGCAGGAGGAGCCCAACGGCAUCUCCACGUCUCAGCCGCCGAUCCCGGAGUUCCAGUACAUCCUGAGCGCCCCCACCUCCCCGGCCGUGCGGCACCACCAGGAGACCCUCACCUAUCUCAACCAGGGACAGUCCUACGAGAUCCGCAUGAUGGGAACGCCCCGGGGGGACCCCGCCGAGAGCCGCAGGAUGGUGAAGAGCGUGGUCCGGGUGGUUUUCCAUGACCGGACACGGAGCUGA